AACCCACAACCCAACCAACCCCUCCCCGUUUUCAACUGGUCGUUCAGUACAGCGCUGUUUCCGUUCAAUUGAACGUUCUAUUACGUUUUUAUGUACUGAACGCAGCCCGAGUUUCACAUGUCAUCAGCUGUCAAGACACUGAAGCUACGUACACGCGUGUGUAGCUAACACUACGAAAAUAAACUUCAGAUAAUUGAAGAGAUGGUGAGUAGCUAAUUUUUUUGCUGUAGCCACUUGCACCCAGCAUGUAAAGUUUCGCUAGCUAAAUGCUUGUAGCUAGCUUUUAGCCACUGCUACACGUCUCUGACUACAAAAUAGUUAGCCUAGCUAGCUAGCUUAGCAUUAUGAGCUACCUGUAGUUAGCUAGCUAUAGUUCUCCAGUUACAGUUGCUGCUUCGGGUUCCCUACAAGUUGAUAGCUGUCUGGGUGUCAGUUUGAAGUUAGCUAGCAGCAUAAAUAGCUAUUUCCAUUCAUUUUACUAGUAGCAUGUACACGUUGCACAAGUUAGCCAGCUUGCUUGGGCUGCUAUCAUGGAUGGUUACCUUCAACCUUCACAGCCACUUUUCCCCUUGUCGUUGCUAUCUUGGGCAAUUUCUUUCCUUGGCUUUAGAGGAUUUGGUUUCUUCCUUGAAAAGUUGAAUGACUUGACACUGUAGGAAGUGCGCCCCCCACCCUCUGACAGAUGUAACGUUAGUAGAGACUCCUUUGAGAUGCACAGCAGCUGAUUAAUCGGGAAACUCCAUGUUGGCUGUCUAUAAAAGUUGUGUUGACAAAUUUUUGUACUUUAGUUUGAUUAACCAAUAGUGUGUAUAUGUGUGUUUCUCACUGACCAGGCGCUGAUUGGAGUGCAGCUGGUGGUCAGCUUGCUGGCUGCUAGCAUCAUGCAGAGAAUGGCUCCACACUGUUCCUUUGCCCGCUGGCUCCUGUGCAAUGGCAGGUAAAGUCACGUACACAAAUGUCAUAUACAGAAGUGGCUUUGGAGAUGGGGUGUAGAGACGUCUUGAUAAUGUAGACAUCAUGGUAAGGGUCUGACAUUCCUGGUAUGGUCAUGAUAAACUCUUAGCCCUUAUCAUUGUAAAUUGAUUUGAAAGAACAACUGUGACCCUACCACUAGCUAAUAACUUACUUGCGGUGUAUAUAUAUUUUUAAACAAAUCUAACUUGAUCCUUUCAGCCUGUUCCGGUUCAAACACCCCUCUGAGGGAGAGCUGUGUGCCCUAGCUGGAAAACAGAUGCCCAGCAAGCCCAGCAAGAGAGACAGGUGGGAGGGGGCAUGAUGAUACAGUACAACUGGUGUCUGCUGCCUGUGUAUCACUGUUAUGAUAGUAGACGGCUGUUAAAGGGAAGAUUUGCUGACUACUUCUGUUUUGUAGGAGACAGAAUGGGGACAACAAGCCUCUCACAGUUCCCAAGGACAUCGACCUUCACUUAGAAAAAGCUCCGGUCGGCGUCCUUGAUGCCCUUGGUAAAUAAACAAAAGCACUACUUGUAAAAAAAAAGGCCAUGCCUGUGUUUAGGACUUCCCCACAGUCCCUUUAGGGUGGAUAUCUCUCCAUUUUAGCUGUCAAUCACAGCCCUUUGUUUUCGGCCAAUCAGUGGGGUUGGACACGCAUGUGGCCACUGCACCCGCCCGUUGUAGCUCCGAGUUUUAUUGACGUCGCAAGAAGAGAACACAAGUUUUGGCUGGUGACCAAGUUUACUGUUUACUCAAGAAAGUAAGUUGUGGGGUCUACUUACUACCUUUAUGCCGUUUAGCGAUGCUUAGCUGUUUAUAUUUACUUUCCUACAUUUGUAACUGUAUUGUAGUACUACUGUUAUCCUGCAGCUAAUUCCCUUGAAUAUUUCAGAUGGCCUUACCGCUGGUGCAUAUUGUGUAUAUCAUUAUUGCAUUGCUUGCAUAAGUAUUUAUGCACAAUAUGUUAGUUUAGAAAUUAUUAUAGUGUAGCUUGCAGUGUAUGCACAUUCUACCACUGUGCAUUCAUGGUUCGCGCUAGUGCUAGAACCUGAUAGAAGUUUCAGAGACGGUCCUCGAUGCUUGCACAUGCACAGUCUGAUGUACAACUGUGGGUCCAGAGACAGACCAGAUAAGAUCUACUAUAGUAAUGCAGCAAUACAACAGGAUCUGUACAUAAUGGCAUUACAUACACACAUAGCAGAGAGAGAGAGAACUAAUUACUCGGGACAGGCACGAUUUAUAGCCCUCUCUCUCUGGCCUGAUGUAGAUCUUAUCUGAUCUCUCUGGUGCCAUAGAGUCGUACAUCAGACUGUGCAUGCGCAAGCUUCGAGGACCUUCUGAAACUUCUAGAAACUCGCCAUGGCAUAGCACUAGCGCAAACCAUGAAUGCGCAGCGGUAGAAUGUGCAAACAUUACAAGCUAUACAAUAACCAUUUCUAAACGAACAUAUUGUGCAUAAAUACUCAUGCAAGCAAUGCAAUAAUGAUAUACACGAUUUGCACCACCAGUAGGCCAUCCUAAAUAUACAAGGGAAUUGGCUGCAGAAUAACAAUAGUACUACAAUUACAAAUGGAGGAAAGUAACUAUAAGCAACUAUAAAUAGAUAAGCAUUGUUAAACAGCAUAAAACCCCAGUAGUAGACCCCACAACUUACUUUCUUGGAUGCGUGCACAAUGUUCCAAGAGUAAAGAGUAAACUUGGUCACCAGCCAAAACCUGUGUCCUCUUCUUGUGAAGUUGCUAGAACUGGCAGGUGCAGUGUCCACAUGCGUGUCCAAGCCCACUGAUUGGCUGAAAACUAAGGGCUAUGAUGGAUAGAUAUCCACCCUAAAGGGACUGUGGGGAAAGUCCCGUGCAAAGGCAAGGCCUUUUUUACAGCCGUCCUUAGAUUUCUUAUGGAAAUCCAAAGAACUUGGAAAAGUUGUCUAAUCUGGGGGGGGGGGGGGGGGGGUUCUAUUAAGUUAUAUGGAAUUGUUUUAAGAAGGUCAUACCAAGGAUCAUUUAGCUAUUUGAUUUUGAAUUUUAAGACCCCUCGAAGUAUAAAAAAUAAAUAUAAAAAAACGUAUUUGGUCUUAGCACUAUUAGUCCAUACAAAUGCAUUGAAUAACAGAUUAACUACAUGGAACAACAGGUAGUCCCCAAAAAAUAUCAAAAGGAAGUUUGUUCUGAAGUGUCUCUCCUAUGUCUGAGAGAUAUAAGACAUUUAUUUUGACACCCCAUAUUUUUGGCAUUAAACAGUCUCCAUAUAUACUUCCAUUCAUUUUUUUUCAACUGGUACCGGGGGACCUUCAGACGAGUCUUGUGAGGCCUGUGGGCGUCCUAGAUCAAAACAACCGACGUGCAUGUUCGUGAGAGUCUCACAUUUGCACAGAGGGUAAUAUUAGUCUGUAGCCCAAACAUUUUGGACGUUACAGACAGAAGUUGGUAGAUCGGCUGUACCAACUUUAGACGAUCCGGAGACAGGGGCAGGCUAGGCCCCGGAGACGAAGUCAGGUGGUCUUCGAGGUGCGACGAAUGGAGGGUCGUCCAGUGCAGGAGUUGGGCGGCCCCCCAGAACUGAAGACAGCAGCCAUCCUGGGUCAGGGAACGGUGGUCCCCCAGGUCAGAGGGCUGAGGGUCUAGUAGGGCAGGAAACUUGGGACCUGACAGGGCAGGGGACUUGAAACCAAGACUGAGGACUGCAAGCCAGGAAUAGCGGGAGGCUGCAAACCUAGCUGAGCAGGGAACUUGCAGCCUAGCGCUAGGACAGGCUGUGAACUGGCUAGAGGCAGGGACUGCACACCUAGAGGGCCUAGAACUAGGAUAAGGGGUUUGGCAUGUAGCACUGAGCUGACUGCUUGCCGACUGAGGGCAGAGGCUGCAGACCUAGUGGUGCAGAGAACUUAUAGCCUGGCGGAGCAGUGGACUGGUACAGUGGACUGGUACACCAUCACUAGGUCAGAAUCCAGAGAUUCGAAGGACCAUGAAAAAUCGUCUGAGCGGUCGGCUGUGAAUACCCUCACCUGCUAGUACUUAAUGCUGAUUGUUAAGGUUCUGACUCGCUACAGGCUGUCCGGAAAGAACAAGGCAGAUGUGUCCAUAUCCAGAGUUGUAUUAUCUCUUGAUCACCACCACACAGUUGCACGCACACACACAUAUCAUAGAAGUAAUCUUUGUGAAACAAUUAGGAAUAGACUUGUGGUUCUACAAUGCAUUGUAAAACUGUUCAUUUUUCCUAUUUUGUUGCAUUACAACCUGUAAUUUAAAUUGAUUUUAUUUGGAUUUCAUGUAAUGGACAUACACAAAAUAGUCAAAAUGGGUGAAGUGAAAUGAAAAAAAUUACUUAUUUCAAAAAAAGUGGUGCGUGCAUAUGUAUUCACCCCCUUUGCUAUGAAGCCCCUAAAUAAGAUCUGGUGCAAACAAUUACCUUCAGAAGUCACAUAAUUAGUUAAAUAAAGUCCACCUGUGUGCAAUCUAAGUGUCACAUGAUCUGUCACAUGAUUUCAGUAUAUACAGUGGGGUGAAGAAGUAUUUGAUACACUGCUGAUUUUGCAGGUUUUCCUACUUACAAAGCAUGUAGAGGUCUGUAAUCUUUUAUCAUAGGUACACUUCAACUGUGAGAGACGGAAUCAAAAAAAAAAUCCAGAAAAUCACAUUGUAUGAUUUUUAAGUAAUUAAUUUGCAUUUUAUUGCAUGACAUGCAGUGGGGAAAAAAAGUAAUUAGUCAGCCACCAAUUGUGCAGAUGAGAGGCCUGUAAUUUUCAUCAUAGGUACACGUCAACUAUGACAGACAAAUUGAGGAAAAAAAAUUCCAGAGAAUCACAUUGUAGGAUUUUUAAUGAAUUUAUUUGCAAAUUAUGGUGGAAAAUAAGUAUUUGGUCACCUACAAACAAGCAAGAUUUCUGGCUCUCACAGACCUGUAACUUCUUCUUUAAGAGGCUCCUCUGUCCUCCACUCGUUACCUGUAUUAAUGGCACCUGUUUGAACUUGUUAUCAGUAUAAAAGACACCUGUCCACAACCUCAAACAGUCACACUCCAAACUCCACUAUGGCCAAGACCAAAGAGCUGUCAAAGGACACCAGAAACAAAAUUGUAAACCUGCACCAGGCUGGGAAGACUGAAUCUGCAAUAGGUAAGCAGCUUGGUUUGAAGAAAUCAACUGUGGGAGCAAUUAUUAGGAAAUGGAAGACAUACGAGACCACUGAUAAUCUCCCUCGAUCUGGGGCUCCACGCAAGAUCUCACCCCGUGGGGUCAAAAUGAUCACAAGAACGGUGAGCAAAAAUCCCAGAACCACAUGGGGGGACCUAGUGAAUGACCUGCAGAGAGCUGGGACCAAAGUAACAAAGCCUACCAUCAGUAACACACUACGCCGCCAGGGACUCAAAUCCUGCAGUGCAAGACGUGUCCCCCUGCUUAAGCCAGUACAUGUCCAGGCCCGUCUGAAGUUUGCUAGAGUGCAUUUGGAUGAUCCAGAAGAGGAUUGGGAGAAUGUCAUAUGGUCAGAUGAAACCAAAAUAUAACUUUUUGGUAAAAACUCAACUCGUUGUGUUUGGAGGACAAAGAAUGCUGAGUUGCAUCCAAAGAACACCAUACCUACUGUGAAGCUUGGGGGUGGAAACAUCAUGCUUUGGGGCUGUUUUUCUGCAAAGGGACCAGGACGACUGAUCCGUGUAAAGGAAAGAAUGAAUGGGGCCAUGUAUCGUGAGAUUUUGAGUGAAAACCUCCUUCCAUCAGCAAGGGCAUUGAAGAUGAAACGUGGCUGGGUCUUUCAGCAUGACAAUGAUCCCAAACACACCGCCCAGGCAACGAAGGAGUGGCUUCGUAAGAAGCAUUUCAAGGUCCUGGAGUGGCCUAGCCAGUCUCCAGAUCUCAACCCCAUAGACAAUCUUUGGAGGGAGUUGAAAGUCUGUGUUGCCCAGCGACAGCUCCAAAACAUCACUGCUCUUGAGGAGAUCUGCAUGGAGGAAUGGGCCAAAAUACCAGCAACAGUGUGUGAAAACCUUGUGAAGACUUACAGAAAACGUUUGACCUGUGUCAUUGCCAACAAAGGGUAUAUAACAAAGUAUUGAGAAACUUUUGUUAUUGACCAAAUACUUAUUUUCCACCAUAAUUUGCAAAUAAAAUCAGAAAAAAUCCUACAAUGUGAUUUUCUGGAUUUUUUCCCCUCAUUUUGUCUGUCAUAGUUGACGUGUACCUAUGAUGAAAAUUACAGGCCUCUCUCAUCUUUUUAAGUGGGAGAACUUGCACAAUUGGUGGCUGACUAAAUACUUUUUUUCCCCCACUGUAAGUAUUUGAUACAUCAGAAAAGUAGAACUUAAUAUUUGGUACAGAAACCUUUGUUUUCAAUUACAGAGAUCAUAUGUUUCCUGUAGGUCUUGACUACAUUUACAUUACAUUUUAGUCAUUUAGCAGACUCUCUUAUCCAGAGCGACUUACAGUUAGUGAGUGCAUAUAUAUAUAUAUAUAUAUAUAUAUUAAAAUUAUUAUUAUAUAUAUAUUUUUUCAUACUGGCCCCCCAUGGGAAACGAACCCACAACCCUGGCGUUGCAAACGCCAUGCUCUACCAACUGAGCUCCAUCCCUGCCAGCCAUUCCCUCCCAUACCCUGGACGACGCUGGGCCAAUUGUGCGCCGCCCCAUGGGUCUCCCGGUCGCGGCCGGCUACGACAGAGCCUGGAUUCGAACCAGGAUCUCUAGUGGCACAGCUAGCACUACGAUGCAGUGCCUUAGACCACUGCGCCACUCGGGAGGUUUGCACACACUGCAGCAGGGAUUUUGGCCCACUCCUCCAUACAGACCUUCUCCAGAUCCUUCAGGUUUCGGGGCUGUCGCUGGGCAAUACGGACUUUCAGCUCCCUCCAAAUAUUUUCUAUUGGGUUCAGGUCUGGAGACUGGCUAGGCCACUCCAGGACCUUGAGAUGCUUCUUACGGAGCCACUCCUUAGUUGCCCUGGCUGUGUGUUUCGGGUCGUUGUCAUGCUGGUAGACCCAGCCACGACCCAUCUUCAAUGCUCUUACUGAGGGAAGGAGGUUGUUGGCCAAGAUCUCGCGAUACAUGGCCCCAUCCAUCCCCCCUCAAUACGGUGCAGUCGUCCUGUCCCCUUUGCAGAAAAGCAUCCCCAAAGAAUGAUGUUUCCACCUCCAUGCUUCACGGUUGGGAUGGUGUUCUUGGGGUUGUACUCAUCCUUCUUCUUCCUCCAAACACGGCGAGUGGAAUUUAGACCAAAAAGCUCUAUUUUUGUCUCAUCAGACCACAUGACCUUCUCCCAUUCCUCCUCUAGAUCAUCCAGAUGGUCAUUGGCAAACUUCAGACGGGCCUGGACAUGUGCUGGCUUGAGCAGGGGGACCUUGCGUGCGCUGCAGGAUUUUAAUCCAUGACGGCGUAGUGUGUUACUAAUGGUUUUCUUUGAGACUGUGGUCCCAGCUCUCUUCAGGUCAUUGACCAGGUCCUGCCGUGUAGUUCUGGGCUGAUCCCUCACCUUCCUCAUGAUCAUUGAUGCCCCACGAGGUGAGAUCUUGCAUGGAGCCCCAGACCGAGGGUGAUUGACCGUCAUCUUGAACUUCUUCCAUUUUCUAAUAAUUGCGCCAACAGUUGUUGCCUUCUCACCAAGCUGCUUGCCUAUUGUCCUGUAGCCCAUCCCAGCCUUGUGCAGGUCUACAAUUUUAUCCCUGAUGUCCUUACACAGCUCUCUGGUCUUGGCCAUUGUGGAGAAGUUGGAGUCUGUUUGAUUGAGUGUGUGUGGACAGGUGUCUUUUAUACAGGUAACGAGUUCAAACAGGUGCAGUUAAUACAGGUAAUGAGUGGAGAACAGGAGGGCUUCUUAAAGAAAAACUAACAGGUCUGUGAGAGCCGGAAUUCUUACUGGUUGGUAGGUGAUCAAAUACUUAUGUCAUGCAAUAAAAUGCAAAUUAAUUACUUAAAAAUCAUACAAUGUGAUUUUCUGGAUUUUUGUUUUAGAUUCCGUCUCUCACAGUUGAAGUGUACCUAUGAUAAAAAUUACAGACCUCUACAUGCUUUGUAAGUAGGAAAACCUGCAAAAUCGGCAGUGUAUCAAAUACUUGUUCUCGAAACUGUAUACACUUGUUCUGAAAGGCCCCAGAGUCUGCAACACCACUAAGCAAGGGGCACCACCAAGCAAGCGGCACCAUGAAGACCAAGGAGCUCUCCAAACAGGUUGUGGAGAAGUAGAGAUCAGGGUUGGGUUAUUUAAACAAAUCAGAAACUUUUAACAUCCCACGGAGCACCAUUAAAUCCAUUAUUAAAAAUUUGAAAGAAUAUGGCACCACAACAAACCUGCAAAGAGAGGGUCGCCCACCAAAACUCACUGACCAGGCAAGGAGGGCAUUAAUCAGAGAGGCAACAAAGAAACCAAAGAUAACCCUGAAGGAGCUGCAAAGCUCCACAGCGGAGAUUGGAGUAUCUGUCCAUAGGACCACUUUAAGCCGUACACUCCAUAGAGCUGGGCUUUACGGAAGAGUGGCCAGAAAAAGCCAUUACUAAAAAAAUAUAUAUAUAAGCGAACACGUUUGGUGUUCGCCAAAAGGCAUGUGGGAGACUCCCCAAAUAUAUGGAAGAAGGUACUCUGGUCAGAUGAGACUAAAAUUGAGCUUUUUUGCCAUCAAGGAAAACGCUAUGUCUGGCGCAAACCCAUCUCCCUGAGAACACCAUCCCCACAGUGAAGCAUGGUGGUGGCAGCAUCAUGCUGUGGGGAUGUUUUUCAUCGGCAGGGACUGGAAAACUGGUCAGAAUUGAAGGAAUGAUGGAUGGCGCUAAAUACAGGGAAAUUCUUGAGGGCAUGUUGUGUAAAUCAAAUGAUACAAACCCCCCAAAAAUCUAUUUUAAUUCCAGGUUGUAAGGCAACAAAAUAAUUUAGGAAUAAUGCCAAGUGGGGUGAAUACCUUCGCAAGCUUUCCCUCUUCUGAAAACCAGGUGGCGACUCGCAUCUCUGCAUGUCUGGCAGACAUAUCAGUGUGGAUGUCGGAUCACCACCUCAAGCUGAACCUCGGCAAGACGGAGCUGCUCUUCCUCCCGGGGAAGGACUGCCCGCUCCAUGAUCUCGCCAUCACGGUUGACAUCUCCAUUGUGUCCUCCUCCCAGAGUGCAAAGAACCUUGGUGUGACCCUGGACAAUACCCUGUCGUUCUCCGCUAACAUCAAAGUGGUGACCCGAUCCUGCAGGUUCAUGCUCUACAACAUUCACAGAGUACAACCCUACCUUACACAGAAAGCGGCACAGGUCCUAAUCCAGGCACUUGUCAUCUCCCGUCUGGAUUACUGCAACUCGCUGUUGGCUGGGCUCCCUGCCUGUGCCAUUAAACCCCUUCAACUUAGCCAGAACGCUGCAGCCCGUCUGGUGUUCAACCUUCCCAAGUUCUCUCAUGUCACCCCGCUCCUCCGCACACUCCACUGGCUUCCAGUUGAGGCUCGCAUCUACUACAAGACCAUGGUGCUUGCCUACGGAGCUGUGAGGGGAACGGCACCUCCUUACCUUCAGGCUCUGAUCAGACCCUACACCCAAACGAGGGCACUACGUUCAUCCACCUCUGGCCUGCUAGCCCCCCUACCUCUAUGGAAGCACAGUUCCCGCUCAGCCCAGUCAAAGCUAUUCGCUGCUCUGGCACCCCAAUGGUGGAACAAGCUCCCCCACGACACCAGGACAGUGGAGUCACUGACCACCUUCCGGAGACACUUGAAACCCUACCUCCUUAAGGAAUACCUGGAAUAGUAUAAAGUAAUCCUUCUUCCCCCACCCCCCCAUAAAAAAAUUAUUUAAAAAAAGUGGUUGUCCCACUUGCUAUCAUAAGUUGAAUGCACCAAUUUGUAAAUCGCUCUGGAUAAGAGCAUCUGCUAAAUGAUGUAAAUGUAAAUUCAAGCCACAGUAUAGGGGAAAGGAAACCACUCAGACGAGCUCCAGCUAGCUGUUUUUUCACAGCUACUGCAGACUGAAAUGCCCUCCAAGCCUUUGCUGGCUUUGUAUUUUAGGCCUUAUCGUUUCCUUACAAUGUUUCUGAUUUGCCUCUUCUUUCCUAUUCUCAGUACUGCGAUUCUUCCUGGAGUACCAGUGGUUGAUUGACUUUGCAGUGUAUGCCAUGGGCAUCUACCUUUUCACUGAGGGCUACUUCUGUGUAGUGGACCCUGCCAAGGAGGUCCACGUUGGGGCCAUCUGGUGUGUGCUGACCGUUCUCUGUUGCCUGUAUCCUUCAGUUCACCCUCACUCUGGAAGCCCACAAUUGUAUUACAAUUUUGAAAAUUAAUAUUAUAACCUAUUCCUAAGAAAAUAGCUCUAAGUAUUAUGUUACAAUGUCAACUUAGACUGAAGUUGUACUCAUUGUACUUGCCAAUGUUAUUACCAUGUAAAAACAGUUUUAGUGUCACUUUCUACAAAGUGGGCCCCUGGUAAAUGAAUAACCCAAACAUGCACUGUGCCAGAAAUAUUCAGAUGCCUCAAUAUUGUGCUCCUCUUUAAUUGGAGCUGUUUUGUUGUCGUGGGACUGUUCGGUUGUCCUUGUGUUUCCCUUAACUCUCUCUCACAGGAAAACCCUCCACUCCCUGAUGGGCCACUAUUUCAGGUCUGACGAGGGUGGCGAGCGCUCGGUGUGCCUGGCCUUUGGCUUCAUGUCUCUGCUGGUGGCCAUGCUGGUGCUGGUGGUCAGAGAGGACUACCUGGAGUUUGGCCUGGAGCCUGGUAUGUCCACUACACUAACCCCUUCUACGACACGCCCCAUUGGGCUAUGUAUAACACAUUUAUCAAUGUUUUAUUUAGUUCAUUUUAUCAUUUCAGUUUGGGCUUUUUCAUGCUUUUGUAUUGCAGGUUUUAACAGUCUUUUUGACAACCUUGAGGUUUUUGCAAAACAGCAAGGCUUUGCUGAGUGGUCGUAAGUAUCUUUUAGUUGGACAGUUUAAAUUGAUUUUCAAAAAUGUCAAUCACAACUUGGGUCCAUAGAAUAGUAGCCAGUCAUUCAUGGACUGACAAUAUGCUUUUAGUGAUCUGUGUUGGCAAAUGUGCCCCUUAAUGUUUCCUAUUAUAUUUGGACUCUCAUCAGAGUCCCGGUGACCAAACUGACUGUGAAGUUUGGUCUGGCUGCCAUCUGUGCUUUUAUUGGUGCUUUGCUGGCCUUCCCUGGCCUCCGUCUAGCCCAGACCCACCUGGACGCAGUCCAGAUGAACUCAGACCGCCCAUUCAUCCAGUAAGAACACACAAACACUGAUUUUAACUGUGAAACAAAAUAACCAACUGGCUCCACUGACUAGAAAUGUCUUACUGUUUGGGUGUUGUGCCGUUUUCUGCUUCCCUUAGAUUGCUGUUGCACAUGAGCUUCCUGGCCCCAGUGGUCGUGAUCGUGUUGUGGAUCAAACCCAUCGCUAGGGACUUCCUGGGGAAUGCUCCCAUGGGGAAGACCUCAGUCACCCUGUAAGUGUGUGUCUGUGUUUGUGUGUGUAUACUUGCUGUAUUCCACGCAUGUGUGUCCUCUGAUUUCCUAUACUCCAAUGCAAUAUUACAAAUGUGACCAUUUGGCACCCUUGUGCUGAUUCCUUCUCCAAGUGUUGACAGAUCACCUCUGUGUGUGUGUUAUCUCAGUAUGUCAAGCGCGGUGUUUGACAGUGUUCGUCUGUGGACAGUGGUGGUGCUGUGCUGCCUGAGGCUGGCCCUCACCCGCUACCACUUGCAAGCCUACCUCAACCUGUCUCAGAAGUGGGUGGACCAGAUGAAGAAGGAGGCAGGGCGCAUCGCUGCCAUCGACAUCCAGAGGAAGGUCCGACACCACAUCUAAAUCGCAAUGUUUUCAUGUUAAAGGAAUUCGUUGUUGUUUGGAGAACCAGAUUAAACCCAAACCCAUGAGUCUUUUGAUGUGGUUGUCCUUCCAGGUAACCCGUGUGUUCUGCUACCUGACCAUAGUCACCCUGCAGUACGUAGUCCCUGUUCUGCUCCUCCUCUUCUCCACCCUGGCUCUGAAGGCCCUGGGUAAGACGUGCUGUACCUAACAUGGCAACAACUAGCUUUGAGGGAAUGCUUUUUUAUUCAUAGCCUUUUCUAAUAUUUCUACUACUAUACAUUGUACUUUAGUUUCAUUAGUUUAUACACACUGCAUAUUUAUUUAUUUAUACUGGAUUCUUCACAUAUCUCACUCUAAUAUAUCUACUGCUGUACAUAUCAUUCUUAGCUGUUCUUGUGUAAAUUCCCCCGAUGUACAUAUGUAUACAAUGCAUUUGGAAAGUAUUCAGACCCCUUUACUUUUUCCACAUUUUGUUACGUUACAGCCUUAUUCUAAAAUGGAUGAAAUUGUUUUUUCCCCGCAUCAAUCUACACACAAUACCCCAUAAUGACAAAGUAAAAACAAGUUGGGAAAAUGGAAAUAUAACAUUUUAAGUAAGUAUUCAUACCCUUUACUCAGUACUUUGUUGAAGCACCUUUGGCAGCGAUUACAGCCUCAAGUCUUCUUGGGUAUGACACUACAAGCUUGGCACACCUGUAUUUGGGGAGUUUUUUCCAUUCUUUUCUGCAGAUCCUCUCAAGCUCUGUCAGGUUGGAUGGGGAGCGUCGCUGCACAGCUAUUUUCAGGUCUCUCCAGAGAUGUUCGAUCAGGUUCAAGUCUGGGCACUGGCUGGGUCACUCAAGGACAUUCAGAGACAUUCAGCCACUCCUGCGUUGUCUUGGCUGUGUGCUUAGGGUCGUUGUCCUUUUGGAAGGUGAACCUUUGCCCCAGUCUGAGGUCCUGAGCGCUCUGGAGCAGGUUUUCAUCAAGGAUCUCUUUGUACUUUGCUCCGUUCAUCUUUCCCUCAAUCCUGACUAAUCUCCCUGUCCCUGCCACUGAAAACCAUCCUCACAGCAUGAUGCUGCCACCACCAAGCUUCACCGUAUGGAUGGUGCCAGGUUUCCUACAGACGUGACGCUUGGCAUUCAGGCCAAAGAGUUCAAUCUUGGUUUCAUCAGACCAGAGAAUCUUGUUUCUCAUGGUCUGAAGGUCCUUUAGGUGCCUUUUGGCAAACUCCUAGCAGGCUGUCAUGUGCCUUUUACUGGCCACUCUACCAUAAAGGCCUGAUUGGAGUGCUGUAGAGAGGGUUGUCCUUCUGGAAGGUUCUCCCAUCCCCACAGAGGAACUCUUGAGCUCUGUCAGAGUGACCAUCGGGUUCUUGGUCACCUCCCUGACCAAGGCCCUUGUCCCCCGAUUGCUCAGUUUGGCCGGGCGGCCAGCUCUAGGAAGAGUCUUGGUGGUUCCAAACGUCUUCCAUUAAAGAAUGAUGGCGACCACUGUGUUCUUGGGGACCUUAAAUGCUGCAGACAUUUUUUGGUACGCUUCCCCAGAUCUGUGCCUCACCACAAUCCUGUCUCGGAGCUCUACGGACAAUUCCUUCAACCUCAUGGCUUGGUUUUUGCUCUGACAUGCACUGUCAACUGUGGGACCUUAUAUAGACAGAUGUGUGCCUUUCCAAAUCAUGUCCAAUCAAUUGAAUUUGGAAAACAGAAAGGAAAACGCCACAUACUGCUGCUCAUGCUCCCUGGUGAUAUUUAUUUAUAACAACGUUUCGACCCUUAGGUCUUCAUCAGGCAUCCGUAUCCCAGGUGGGGUGGAAGGUCCUAUAUAUAGGGGCAGUGCUCAGUGACAUCAAUUCCUGAAACGAGGUAAAAAAUGUAUAACAUAGGUUCUCAAUAUUAACAUUCAAUGUAUCAAAAUAUAUGAUCAUACACAAGGAAUGUGAUCAAUAUUUACAAUCAAUUGAAUUUACCACAGGUGGACUCCAAUCAAGUUGGAGAAACAUCUGAAGGAUGAUCAAUGGAAACAGGGCUCAAUUUCGAGUCUCAUAGGGUCUGAAUACUUAUGUAAAUAAGGUAUUUAGGUUUUUUAUUUUUAAUACAUUUGCAAAAAUGUCUAAACCUGUUUUCACUUUGUCAUUAUGGGGUAUUUUGUGUAGAUUGAUGAGGAAAUAAAUAAAUUAAUCAAUUGUAGAAUAAGGCUGUAACAUAACAAAAUGUGGAAAAAGUCAAGGGGUCUGAAUACUUUCUGAAUGCACUGUAGCUUCAGUGCUAUUUGGGAUUGUUAAUUGGAUUCGUCCCACUGUUCUUGAUUUCUUGCUUUGUUUGGUUGUAUUUUUCUUUACAUUUUAGCUGUUUGACAUUUGACUGCGUUGUCAGGAGCUAGUAACAUAAGAAUUUCGCUGCGCUGCUAUAACACCUGCUAAACUGUGUAUGCAAACAACAAACUCUCAUUAGAUUUUUAGUGAGGCCUUAGGUUGCACUCAGUGGCCCUCCGUAAAUCCUGAGAAUCUGCAUUCUAUAAUUAAACAAUAUGGAGUUAUGAUAAUAUACAAACAGUUUCAUCACAAUGCUUGAUCCAUGGAAAUGUAAUGUACAGUUGAAGUCGGAAGUUUACAUACACUUAGGUUGGAGCCAUUAACUCGUUUUUCAACCACUCCACAAAUGUCUUGUUAACAAACUAUAGUUUUGGCAAGUCGGUUAGGACAUCUACUUUGUGAAUGACACAAGUAAUUUUUCCAACAAUUGUUUACAGACAGAUUAUUUCACUUAUAAUUCACUGUAUCACAAUUCCAGUGGGUCAGAAGUUUACAUAUACACUAAGUUGACUGUGCCUUUAAACAGCUUGGAAAAUUCCAGAAAAUGAUGUCAUGGCUUUAGAAGCUUCUGAUAGGCUAAUUGACAUAAUUUGAGUCAAUUGGAGGUGUACCUGUGGAUGUAUUUCAAGGCCUACCUUCAAACUCAGUGCCUCUUUGCUUGACAUCAUGGGAAAAUCAAAAGAAAUCAGCUAAGACCUCAAAAAAUAAUUGUAGACCUCCACAAGUCUGGUUCAUCCUUGGGAGCAAUUUCCAAACGCCUAAAGGUACCACGUUCAUCUGUACAAACAAUAGUAUGCAAGUAUAAACACCAUGGGACCACGCAGCCGUCAUACCGCUCAGGAAGGAGACGCGUUCUGUCUCCUAGAGAUGAACGUACUUUGGUGUGAAAAGUGAAAAUCAAUCCCAGAACAACAGCAACGGACCUUGUGAAGAUGCUGGAGGAAACAGGUGCAAAAGUAUUUAUAUCCACAGUAAAACGAGUCCGAAGAACACCAUCCCAACUGUGAAGCAUGGGGGUGGCAGCAUCAUGCUGUGGGGGUGCUUUGCUGCAGGAGGGACUGGUGCACUUCACAAAAUAGAUGGCAUCAUGAGGAAGGAAAAUUAUGUGGAUAUAUUGAAGCAACAUCUCAAGACAUCAGUCAGAAAGUUAAAGCUUGGUCGCAAAUGGGUCUUCCAAAUGGACAAUGACCCCAAGCAUACUUCCAAAGUUGUGGCAAAAUGGCUGACUCAGUUACACCAGCUCUGUCAGGAGGAAUGGGCCAAAAUUCACCCAACUUAUUGUGGGAGGCUUGUGGAAGGCUACCCAAAACGUUUGACCCAGGUUAAACAAUUUAAAGGCAAUGCUAAUAAAUACUAAUUGAGUGUACGUAAACUUCUGACCCACUGGGAAUGUGAUGAAAUAAAUAAAAGCUGAAAUAAAUCAUUCUCUACUAUUAUUCUGACAUUUCACAUUCUUAAAAUAAAGUGGUGAUCCUAACUGACCUAAGACAGGGAAUUUUUACUAGGAUUAAAUGUCAGGAAUUGUGAAAAACUGAGCUUAAAUGUAUUUGGCUAAGGUGUAUGUAAACUUCCGACUUCAACUGUAUGUCAAUUGUGCUUUUCAAAUGUCUCAUUGUAACACCCAUUGUUCCUACUGUCUUUUCUGUAUCUCAGGUGACUUCUCGUGGAGUGGUGCAGAGCAGGCUCCGGGGGUGACCCCUGCCCUGGUAAUGCCCACGGCCUCUCCCGUCCUGCCAGGGCUGGAGGAGGACGAGGAGGGGAUGGAGGACAUCGAGGAGGACAUCCAGGCCACGGUGGCCCGUCUGACCGAGGGCUUCUCGGCCCUGCGCUCCGUCCUCACCCCCCUCUUCUUCAGAGGCCUGUUUGCCUUCCUCACCUGGUGGGUGGCCGCCUGCCAAGUCAUCAGCAGCCUGUUUGGCAUUUACUUCCACCAGUACCUCAUGCAGAACUGAAGAGGACUACACUACCCACAAUCCCUACCUAACACCAGCCCAGUGUGACUCUAUGCAGUGUGUUCCAGGCAAGUUAAACUCAACACAACAUAUGGACAGGAUGGGUGCUCCUGUGUCUGUUACUCUAACAAAGGUGUCACAGAUAUCAAAAGGAAUGUGAUGGUUUCUGACAUGCGGACACCUUAAUACUACUACCUUGUUGUCCUGUGGGCCCAGUCAGACCCUGUUUAAUGGGGACUGGAUUUUGUUCAACUGCUAUGUGUCACAUUUCUCUGUUUUAACAAGUGCAUUUGAAGCCAGUGUUACCCUUUUAAAAAAAUGUUUCAUCACAUAUCAUUAAAUGCUGCAAAUGAGCUGUUUCUAGUGGGGAAAAAGGUACCACUACUUCCAGCCUAGUUUUGCUAUUAGAGGCUGAUUUCAGAAGUGCUUGAUGCUUUGUUUAUUUUCGUCCUUUAGUUCUGCUAUACCGUACUGAUUGUAAUGAAGCCGUGGAGUUCUAUUUAGCAGUCAUCACCACUCGACCCUCGCCUGUCCAUUCUCCUUAAUCAUUAAUUACCCACCUUUAAAACAAAGCACUGAGGAUAGGUUACUGUGUUUAUUGGAGGGAUUCAUUGAACAAUUCUAAGUGCCUGGUAACUCAGGGAUUUUGAAUCAAUGAUAAGAUAUAUUUUUUUCCCAGCAAAAUAGUAGACUGGUGAUAAAAACAACUGUAUCUGUAGCAUUGAAUAACAGUCCAGUCCAGCCUGGAUUUGGCAAAUCUUACCUGUAUUAUCAACCAUCUUUCAGUCCCAACAUAGUGUGUUAGUUGAAUUUGUUUGAACAAAGUAUUUUCUGUAUUUUUUUUGCUGCCAAACAAUCAUUUACAUUUUUGAUUUUAGUAAUUUAGCAGACACUCUUAUCCAGA